AUCCACAGCUUCAUUGACCAGGACAAUAUUGUGGAAAAAGUGACACUACACGUAUCUUCAUUUGUUUGAAUACCUCUAAAUGAAGAUGAAGAAGAUGAGGAUGAAGACUCAUUCAUGAAACUUGAGGAUGACAAUUUACUUGUAGUGUUCCAGACACCAUGGCAAAGGAGACUACUAGAUAUAUAUGGGAAGGAACUGGUGUUUCUUGAUGCUACCUACAAAACAACCAAAUAUGCCUUGCCUCUCUUUUUCCUUUGUGUCCAGACCAAUUCUGGAUAUUGUGUUGUUGGAGCCUUCAUAACAGAAAAGGAAGAAUCUUCUUCUAUUGCAGAGGCACUCCAGAUUAUAAAGGAUAAUAACCCCACAUGGUACCCUGGUGGCUUCAUGAUAGAUGCCUCAAAAGUUGAAGCAAAUGCUAUCAAUAGUGCUUUCCAAGAUUCCAAAUUGUUCAUCUGUGACUUUCACAGAAAACAGGCCUGGCAAAGGUGGAUGAACACUCUUAAAAAUGAUGUCAGCAGACAAGAAGCGACCACGCAGCUGUUGAAUACUGUUAUAAGCGAAACCUGAGUUUCCUAAAAGAGAGUGAUGUGUGGAAAAGCCAACCAAAGCUACAACAAUACAUGCAGACACAAUGGAUCAGCAAACACAAAGUAUGUAUCUUG